AUGAGCCCAGAGCUGGGUGUAGCUGAUGACGAUGAGCAUGUUGAGCCCUACCUGUCUACCGACAGUGGCAGUGGCCCAGGUGAUACUCUCAGCCCUGAGAUGCUGGUAAACCCUCCAGAUAGCGAACCUGAGACAUGGCCAGAUGAGACAAUGGACCCCACAGACAAUGUCGAAACACAUGCUGAGCCUCUUACUGACUUGGUCCCUCCUAGUGGGUUUGGAGAUGUGGAUAGUCCCAGCUGUGACGAGGAUAUUGAGGAGAGGUUCUGGAAUGAGAACCCUUGUCCCCAAAGCCUUCCUCCAAUUAGAACAAUCUUCGAUGCCAUCCACUCACCCACCCAGUCUACCCAACAACAAAAGCCAACAAAAAUCUGGAAGGAAAUAAUGGAGUUGCAUUUACCUCAGGAGACUGAAAAAAUAGUGAACGACAGCAAGACCAGAGACAAAGCAAGAUAUUACAAACAUAUUGCGAUCUUCCCUGAUGAACUACCAACAGUCAAUCGCUGGUGGCUGAUACACAGAGCAAUAAUCGAUGCCUAUGUGAUGCUGAAAGACCUUACAGAUGAAAAGCUGCAGGACAUACUCAAGACCACUCAUCCCUGUGUGAUUAUGAUUCCUACCCAGAGGCAUGGUCACUGGCUGCUCAGUGUUGUCAACUUCAAACAACGAGAGCUGCACUAUCUUGACAGCAUACCUCUACAACAAAGUGCCCAUAUCAAUCACCAUGGUCCACAGUGCGUGUUUACAAUACCUCGAGGCCUAGUUAAUGCCAUCUGGUUGUUCAUUCACCCUGAUGAUGAGCAUGGAUACAACUGGUCCAAUUGGUCCACCAGAGUAAUCACUGUAGAUGGAACAGCACCAAUGGAACAGGGUGAAACACCAAAUCCUUUCUAUUCCUCUGUUAACACCGAGCUGGCAGCCUACCUGGAGAACCCUAAAUCCUGA